AUGGCAACCUUUUUCAUGCUGGACUUCACACCAAGCAUACGCAUCCAGCGCAUCCUGGGGCAGACGUCGCAGUUCAAUUCACGCCUUCGUCAAGGGAGACACCGGUGGGAUGAAGUUCGGGAUUUCAUCGGCCAGCUGUUGUCACUCCCGUUCUUGCCUAAUGAACAUAUCGGGCCAGCUUUUGAAGAACUCGGCAGCCUGGUGACUGAUCAACCCGCCAUGGUCGAGCUGUGCAGCUACCUUCGCACCACGUGGCUGGAGAACUCAACAUGGAGCCCACGUGACUGGUCAGUGUUCAUGCGGAGUAUCCGCACGAACAAUGACGUGGAGGGCUGGCAUCGGAGACUUAUUGGGCGGGCAGGAUGUCACACCGUCCAAUUCUACAACGUCAUCAAGCUCCUGUACACAGAAUCCAGCUACGAAAACGUCCAGCUAAGGCUGGUCAAAGAAGCUCGACUCUGCAGGAACCAGCAGCGGAUGUACCGGCAGGUUCAAGGGAAGAUUUUCAAGUUGUGGGACGACUACCAAGCCCGUCGCCUCACAACAUCGGGACUCCUGGCAGCCUGCAAUUACCUGACAGGUCCAGCCCUGUAG